GCCGAAGGCUGGAGACGACAACCGCCGCUUACUUUCCUUACUCUCUCUCUCUCCCUUGUCCGCUCUCUCUUGCCCCUCUUCCUCUUGUCGCGAGUUUCGUCUUUCUGGGCACGCCUCAAACGAUGAUGGUGGGCAGAGCCGUCUGUCGCUAGCGUUCGCAACGGACACGCGUCGAGCCGCGGCCGCUAGCCUACCGCCACUGCGCGAACUCCACGUGUGUUUGUGUGUGUGUGCAUAUUUGUGCGUGCAUGCGCGCGCGGUUUCCCCCACGUGGCCUCCCAUGCCUGCGUGGCGUUCGUCGCUUAGCUUCGGCAGCUGCUGUCGGGGUUCGAAGCGCGUGAACCUUCAGGCACGGUUGCCGCGUAAACGUUCGGGCUCUCAAAUUUGUCGACGGAGCAGCGGCAGCGGCGGCUCAGCGAGGCUGUCCUUGCGGUAGGCACUCGGAAGUGAUUUUCCUGUCUGCAGUGUUUGGACGUUGCGCCGAGCGGAGCACAGCUGUUUUUGUGACCUCGUUGUGAAAAGCAAGAAGACAUGCAGACCCUCGCGAGCUGGGGCUUUUGUGCGACUGUUUUGUUCGCCGCUGUCGCGGCGGACCUGCCCCCUGAUGCCCAAACCGGCGAGGCAGCUGAGCUACGCAAGAAGUGGUCGGCGGUGGAAGUUGCCCGCGACUUGGGUCAUAUUAGACAGGACGUCGCGAAGAUGAUUGAACUUGAAAGCGCCGGAGUAAUGUCGCAGGAUGAAUUGUCAUUCUACUAUUUCAGGAUGCACGACUUCGACAACAACAACCUGCUGGACGGCCAAGAGAUGAUGGCGGCCAUGUACCACUCCAGCCACCACGAGAAAGGCGGCCACGAGGACGAAAAGAUGGAGAUCAUACCGGAGGCGGACAUCGCCAGCUACGUGGACUCUGCUCUUUUAGCUGACAAAAACCACGACGGCUAUAUUUCGUAUCCGGAAUUAAGGGCAAGCGACCUUGCAAAGCAGCAUACUUAAAUCUUUGUACAAAGGUGAUACCAUUAUGCGCCCACUGCAUUUUCACAUACAUCGUUUUAUUUAGAAUUGUUUUUUGUUCGGCACACAGUGCCUUCUCAGUGCCUUUAUACUACUGCUUUACUGAGUCCUUUUACUCACAAUAAAGUAUUUUGCCGCGUU